AUGAAUAAUAACUUAUUAUCAGUAUUAAUUACAUUUUUAUUAUCUACAGUGAUUUAUUCACUAGCUAAUCCAGCAACUAUAACAUAUUCUGUUCAACUGUAUGACCAAUUCUCAGGCUAUAACAAUAAUUUCCAAACUAAUGUAACUGGGGCUAGAGUUACUGGUUUAGUUAAAUCAACUUUAAAUUCAACGACUCGUGUACCUGAAUUAGUUUCAACAUCAAAUGGUGGUUUAAAUGAUGCAGGUCAUAUUUUGAAUCCAUCAUUAUUCCAAUACUUUUUCAGUCCACAAAUAAAUUCAAGUUUACCAGCUGAAAAUAAUCCUUAUUCUUUUGAUUUAGUUUUCACAUAUGAUAAAAAUAGAAAUACAUAUGUUUAUAAUAAUGAAGAUUUUUUCCCAAUUGAUCGUAAAGGUUUUGAUAUUGACCCAGAAAAAAGAAUUAAUUUAAAUGGUGCAACCUAUCAUAAUUAUCAUUUUUGUAUGAAAAUUAAUUCUGCUUUUACCUAUCAAGGUUCAGAAUAUUUCAAUUUCCAAACUGACCAUGAAGUUUGGGCAUUUAUUAAUAAUAAAUUAGUUAUUGAUCUUGGUGGUAUACAUGGUCCAAUAGCUGAAAGAAUUAAUACAAAAACUUUAGGUUUAACUAUUGGUCGUAUAUAUAAUUUUGAUUUAUUCUUUUGUAAUCGUCAAACUGUUGGUAGUAAACUUAAAAUUGAAAUAGAUAUAACUUAUUCAUGUCCAUUUAGAGAUUUUUGUGGAGUUUGUUUAGGUGAUGGUAGUUCUUGUGCAGGUGGAAGAAUUAAAUAA